AUGGCGCAAAUGGGACCACAGACUAUGGAGAUGCCAGACAUGUCUAAUGCUAUUGUUGCUCAAGAUGAAAUGGGUAGACCUUUUAUUAUUGUUAGAGAUCAAGGUAAUAAGAAGAGACAACAUGGUAUCGAGGCUAAGAAGUCUCAUAUAUUGGCUGCUAGAUCAGUCGCUUCUAUUAUUAAAACUUCAUUAGGUCCAAGAGGUUUAGAUAAAAUUUUGAUUUCACCAGAUGGUGAUAUUACAAUUACCAAUGAUGGUGCUACCAUCUUAUCACAGAUGGAACUAGAUAAUGAAGUAGCUAAAUUGUUAGUCCAAUUAUCUAAAUCUCAAGAUGAUGAAAUUGGUGAUGGUACCACUGGGGUUGUAGUCUUGGCAAGUGCCUUGUUAGAUCAAGCUUUAGAAUUGAUUGAAAAAGGUAUUCAUCCUAUAAAGAUUGCCAAUGGGUUCGACGAAGCCGCUAAAUUGGCUAUUGCACAUUUGGAAGGUACCACUGACGAUGUUGCUAUUGAUAGCGAUCUUUUCAAUGAUUACCUAUUUAAGGCUUCUAAGACUUCCCUAGGUUCUAAAAUUGUUUCUAAGAAUCAUGAUAAAUUUGCUAAAAUGGCAGUAGAUGCAGUUUUACAAGUUAUGGAUAAAAACAGAAAGGACGUUCAUUUCGACUUGAUCAAAAUGGAAGGUAGAGUGGGUGGUUCUUUAGAUGAUUCACAAUUGAUCAACGGUGUUAUUUUAGAUAAAGAUUUCUCUCAUCCACAGAUGCCUAAAGAAGUUACUCCAAAGGAUGGUAAAUCAGAUGUUAAAUUAGCCAUAUUGACAUGUCCAUUUGAACCACCAAAACCAAAAACAAAGCAUAAGUUAGAUAUUUCUACCGUUGAAGAAUACGAAAAAUUACAAAAUUAUGAACAAGAUAAAUUCAAAGAAAUGAUAAACUACGUGAAAGAAGCUGGUGCAGAUGUUGUUAUCUGCCAAUGGGGUUUUGAUGAUGAAGCAAACCACUUAUUAUUACAAAAUGAUCUACCAGCUGUGAGAUGGGUCGGUGGACAAGAAUUAGAACACAUUGCCAUUGCUACAUCAGGUAGAAUAGUUCCUCGUUUCCAAGAUUUAUCAAAUGAUAAAUUAGGUUCAUGUAAAAGAAUUCAUGAGUUAGAAUUUGGUACCACAAAGGAUAAAAUGUUGGUUAUCGAACAAGAAGGUACCUCAUCAAAGACAGUAACAUGUUUUAUUCGUGGUUCAAGUAAAAUGAUAGUAGAUGAAGCUAAGCGUGCGUUACACGAUUCUUUAUGUGUUGUACGUAACUUGGUUAGAGACUCUCGUGUUGUAUACGGUGGUGGUGCAGCAGAAAUUACUAUGUCCAUUGCUGUUUCUGAAGAAGCAGACAGACAAAAAGGUAUCGACCAAUAUGCAUUCCGUGCUUUCUCACAAGCCCUUGAUACCGUCCCAAUGACUUUAGCAGAAAACUCAGGUCUAGAUCCAAUCGCAACAUUAUCAGCAUUAAAGAGUAAACAAAUUAAAGAAAAGACUUCAUUUAUAGGUGUUGAUUGUUUGGGUAAAGGUACAAGUGAUAUGAAAGAAUUAUUUGUAGUUGAUCCAUUCAUCGGUAAGAAACAACAAAUCUUAUUGGCCACUCAAUUAUGUAGAAUGAUCUUAAAAAUUGAUAAUGUCAUCAUUAGUGGCAAGGAUGAAUACUGA